CUGCUCCGCGCACACCGGACGGAGCGCUCCCUCCCCGGGGAGAGCGGGCUUGCUCAGGAUGGUGCUGCUCCGCUGGUGUCUGCUGUGGUGGUUGUUACCACUCAGCUCCCGGACCCAGAAGUUACCCACUCGAGAUGAGGAACUGUUUCAGAUGCAGAUCCGGGACAAGGCCUUUUUCCAUGACUCCUCGGUAAUUCCAGAUGGAGCUGAAAUUAGCAGUUACCUCUUCAGAGACACUCCUAAAAGGUACUUCUUUGUGGUUGAAGAAGACAACACUCCAUUAUCGGUCACCGUGACUCCUUGUGACGCUCCUCUGGAGUGGAAGCUGAGCCUCCAGGAGCUGCCAGAGGAGACUAGUGGGGAGAGCUCAGGUGAUCCCGAACCGCUGGAGCAGCAGCAGCAACAGCAGAUCACGGAUGAGGAAGGCACUGAGUUAUUUGCCUACAAGGGCAAUGAUGUUGAGUAUUUUGUAUCUUCCAGUUCUCCAUCUGGCCUUUAUCAGCUGGAGCUUCUUUCAACAGAGAAAGACACACAUUUCAAAGUAUAUGCCACCACAACCCCAGAGUCCGAUCAGCCAUACCCUGAAUUACCCUAUGACCCACGAGUAGAUGUGACCUCUCUGGGGCGCACCACGGUCACUUUGGCCUGGAAACCAAGCCCCACAGCCUCUUUGCUGAAGCAACCCAUCCAGUACUGCGUGGUCAUUAACAAGGAGCACAAUUUCAAAAGUCUCUGUGCCGUGGAAGCAAAACUGAGUGCGGACGAUGCUUUCAUGAUGGCGCCCAAACCUGGUCUGGACUUCAGCCCCUUUGACUUUGCUCACUUUGGAUUUCCUUCAGAUCACUUGAGUAAAGAACGCAACUUCCUCACAAAACCUUCUCCAAAACUGGGGCGUCAUGUCUACGCAAGACCCAAGGUGGACAUUCAGAAGAUCUGCAUCGGAAACAAGAAUAUCUUCACUGUCUCGGAUCUGAAGCCCGACACUCAGUACUAUUUCGACGUCUUUGUGGUCAACACCCAUAGCAACAUGAGCACGGCUUAUGUCGGUACCUUCGCCAGGACCAAGGAAGAAGCUCAACAAAAGACAGUUGAGCUAAAAGAUGGGAAAGUUACAGAUAUAUUUGUUAAAAGGAAGGGAGCCAAGUUUCUGAGGUUUGCUCCAGUCUCUUCUCACCAAAAAGUCACCUUUUUUGUCCACUCCUGCCUGGACGCGGUGCAGAUCCAAGUGAGACGAGAUGGGAAACUCCUCCUGUCUCACAGUGUGGAAGGCAUUCGGCAGUUCCAGGUAAGAGGAAAACCGAAAGCCAAGUAUCUCAUUCGACUGAAAGGAAACAAGAAAGGCGCAUCCGUGUUGAAAAUCCUAGCCACCACACGGCCCAGCAAGCAGGCCUUUCCUUCUCUUCCUGAAGACACAAGAAUCAAGGCCUUCGACAAGCUCCGCACCUGUUCGUCGGCCACUGUGGCAUGGCUAGGCACGCAGGAAAGGAACAAGUUUUGCAUCUACAAAAAAGAAGUGGAUGAUAACUACAAUGAAGACCAAAAGAAAAGAGAGCAGAACCAAUGCCUAGGACCAGACACAAGGAAGAAAUCAGAAAAGGUCCUGUGUAAGUAUUUCCAUAGUCAAAACCUGCAGAAAGCAGUGACCACAGAAACCAUUAAAGGGCUUCAGCCUGGCAGAUCUUACGUGCUGGAUGUUUAUGUCAUAGGACAUGGGGGACACUCCGUGAAAUAUCAGAGUAAAGUUGUGAAAACCAGGAAGUUCUGUUAGUUCCCUUGAAUAGAGAUACAUGGCGGAGAACUCCAGGAGGGACGUUAAAUCACUUUAUGUAUCAACUGACUACUCCCGCAGCUGAGAGAAGUUGGGCCCUGUGCUUGUACUGUGGAAGAAAGGAUAUCAACAUGUGUAUAUUGAUGUUUAUAUAACAGACUGCUGGAAGAGACUCGUUCUAGGGUGCCCUAUGGCACCCAGUGCGUGUCCGAUACUGGCUGGUGUCAAAGAGAGAGGACAUCUCGGAGGAACUGCCAUCCUUUGCUUUGACCACUGCAUGAACUGCUUCUAAAUUAUUUUAUUAUCUAAAAAUUUUAAAUAUGCUGUUCAUUGCACACAUCCACAAAUGCAAAUCGUUGCUCUCUAUAGAUGCUAGGAUAUAUAUAUAUAUAAAUUAUUUUAUAAAGUCUUGUUUUAAAUGUCAGUGUUUCUAUGAUUGUAAGCUAUGGCGUUCUUUUCCUGUUAAAGUACAAAUCUAAUCUAAGUAUUAUUAAGUGCCCAGCUCCCAUCAGUUAUAUUGCUAUUGUAAAUUCUUAUUUGUUGAGUAAAAUGUUUAAAUACUGUAUGUAUCUCCUGUAAAAAGUUGACAUACGCUAUAUUCAUGUACAUAAAAUUAAAGAUAUUAGAUUAUAUACCAUUCCUUUUUUCCAAGCAGCUAUGUUGGUGUAUUCAAUUUCCAAUCUGCCCCUGAAACUGUGUCUUUCUGUAAUUUGGCACCAAAACGGAUCUCUUUUUAAUAAUUAAAAGGAGAUGCUGCAUCUCUCUAACAUUACUAUGGCAUUAGAAACAUUCAUUAAAAAUGUGUAUUUUGACAUUGAAGAGCAGCCAGCUGUUUUGAGCAUUGAGAGGCUCGAUUUAAAAGAUCAGGACAAGCCGAACA